AUCUCGUUUUAUAAUAUGUUUUUAGAAUCAUAUGUAGUACCUGCUGGAACAAUCUUGUAUAUGUUUUUCUACAAAGUCAACAGAGACCCGAAUUUUUGGCCAAAUCCGGAUGUAUUUGAUCCAGAUAGAUUUUUGCCCGAGAAGAUCCGAAAUCGUCACCCUUACUCGUAUUUACCGUUUAGCGCUGGACCACGUAACUGCAUUGGUCAACGAUAUGCAAUGCUGGAAAUAAAGGCGAUGAUAGCCUCUCUGAUACACGAUUUCUAUUUGGAGCCUGUUGACUAUUUAAAAGAUCUUUCAUUGCGAGCGGAUAUAAUACUUCGUGUCGCUCCGCCAUUUCGUGUAAAAUUUGUUCCUAUUCAUAAAAUUAAUAAGAGUCUUUGAAUCAAAUAUUGAUUUAAUAAUUAAGUAGGAAGUAGGAAUUAAGAUAUU